AUGUCUCCCCCUUCCCCCUCACGAACAGGCCGCCUAACCCACAAAAUCGCCAUCAUAACAGGCGGUUCCACCGGUCUCGGAGCCGGCAUCGUGCAAAAAUUCCUCUACGAAGGGGCUCGAGUCUUGAUUUUUGAUCUUCAUGCCUCUGCAGAGCAAGACGAAAAAGAACAAGGGCAGCAGAUUUCUUCUUCGUUGUUGUUUUUCAAGGGAAAUGUUACUGAGGAACAGGAUUGGAAGGAAGCGUUGAAGAUGGUUUUGGAGAAGUGGGGUGGGUUGGAUGUUGUGGUGAAUAAUGCGGGUGUGGUACAUGUCGCUGCUGUAAGUCGAGAAACCCACGGAAUUCUCUGCCUGCGCCCUGCGCCAACAGUUCCCAAAUCGGAAUACGAUCGUAUCAUGGAGACCAACGUCACGCCACUAUACCACAGCGCUGCGAUUAUCGCGCCGUACUUCCAGCGACAACAUCGUGGCGUCUUUGUAAACAUCAGCUCCAUCUCUGCACCGCGUCCGCGGCCGGGCCUCGUCUGGUACGCAGGCAGCAAAGGUGCAGUCAGUGCCGUGACUAAAGGUCUGGCUGCAGAGUUUGCCAAAGACGGCAUUCGAGUCAAUGCAAUCUGUCCCGUGGCAGCUGAUACCGGCAUGAUGGCUUCUGUGCUUGGUGGCAUUGAUUCCGAGGAAGGCAGAGCAGUGAUUACGAAAGGGAUACCGUUGGGCAGAGUCGCGACACCAGAGGACGUGGGCAACGCUGCGGCAUUCCUCGCGAGCGACGAGGCGAGCUUCAUUACCGGUAUUGAGCUACCAGUUGAUGGCGGAAGGGCCUUGAUGUAG